AUGGCCAGCAAUAUCAUCGGCAACAGGAACAGUACCCCAGAGGCCUCGAAAACCUCACUUCGUCCUCCAAGCUCGCGCACUCUCGGUAACAAUUCUGGUACACAUUCGCAAACUGUCCGAGCAUCAGCCGACAUGUCGUUCGCAUCUCCUCUCUCGGCUCGAUCUAUUCGUCCAGCGUCAGAGGUCCUCUACAAUCAACAAUCCCAACACGGCAGUUUGGACGAUUCGAGCAAACUGGGCGAACAAUGGAUUCAAGACAUUGAGCAGUACGAGACCAUGUUGGAAGAGAUGGCUGCUGCGACAUUGGACCAGGAUUUCAAGGAUGAAUUGAGUGCUAUCGAACAAUGGUUCCGCGUCUUGAGUGAAGCUGAGCGGACCGCGGCCACCUAUGCUCUGAUUCAACAGACCACCCAAAUGCAGCAGCGAUUCUUUGCGCAGGUUCUGAAUCAGAUGUCCAAGAGUCAUCCGAUUUCUGGCGUACUUUCUCCCGCCAACUUUGGCGAGAAAGAUGCCAUGUGCAGCCGCCUGAACGAUGCCAUGACCAAGUUGAACGUUGAUGAUCGGAGAACAUCAAUCGGUCGCCCGCCGUUGUCUCCCGCUGGGAAUAAGCGCAAUUCAGGCCUGGAUCAGUCGACCAUCAAUGCCAUGUUCCCGGAUGCUGUGGCUGCCAUUCAGCAACAAAGGGCAGAGUAUGCGCAACAAACGGGCAACCCGCCGCCAUCCAACAGGAAUAGCACCAUCAUAGGGGAUCGUAGCUCGCUUAUCACGCCCACCAUAUCCGCGCCGAGGGAAUCUAAGAGCGACGCCAUGAGCUGGCGUCAAGGGGCAGAAAACCAGCAACCACCCAUUUCGCGACCCAAGUCAUCCUCCGGCCAGCAUCAACAGCAACAGUCGCAACAGCAGCAACCAAUGGGCCAUUUCAGUCAGCCUCAGUCAUCCGGUGGUCUUCGAUCUCCCCGGCCUGGUGCGGGACAGACCAGCAAUAUUCAGAGUACUACUCUGACUGCGCCAGAUCCGGUAGGAAGUGAUAUGCCGUUGCUGUCUCCGUACAAUGUCGGUAACCAGAGUUGGGCCUCGAUGACCAACACUCCGAUGGUGCCCAAUUUCAGUCAAGCGGCUACCCACAGUGAUAUGGUGGCCAACGCCACUGCGAUGAAACUGGCUGCUCUUUCCACGGUGAACAACCGCAUCGCUUUGGAUGAUGCCAAGAAAUAUCGACGUGCGAGAUCGAAUGAACCGCAGCCUCAGACGCAGUCCACCCUGUCACCAGGCGUGACGGCGUCGGGGAUUCCGGGGAUCAACACGAUCAUGGUCAACGAUCAGGGUCAGAUCCUGAACGCUCAACAAGUGGCAGCAAUCCAAGCACAACAGAUUGCCGCGGCACAAGGGCGACGAUCUCGUCCCAACUCUCCAGGCCUUCCCCUACAGACACCUCUAGGUCAAACCAGUUUUGCCUCUCCUCAGCACAAUGGCUUCUUGGCUGCAUAUGAGGGUGCGCCAAUCAUGAUGGGAGCAGGAAUGGCCGGCCUCAUUCCUCAGAUAGGCUCUCUCGGCGCAGAAGGGUAUCUGUCUGAUCAUUCGGAAAUUGCCCGUGGCCGUUCUCCUCGCGGACGUCGCGGUAGCUCCAAGCCUCCGGAGGACCCGACGGAUCCUAGCCUGCUUCAAGAUAUUCCUGCAUGGCUCCGGUCUUUGAGACUGCACAAAUACACCGACAAUCUGAAGGACUUGAAAUGGGAUGAAUUGGUCCAACUCGACGAUAAAGGACUUGAAGCACGCGGAGUGAAUGCUCUCGGUGCGCGAAACAAAAUGCUCAAGGUAUUUGAGCAGGUGAAAGAAGCACAGUCGGAGGGCAAACUCUGA